AUGGCUAACAAAAAAGUAACAUUUAGAGAAGACGUAAAAUCACCGGCUAUCAGGAAAUUGAAGCAAAAAUUGACUCCGUUGAAAAUUAAGAAAGGGAGAGGAAAAAUACAGAAGCACAUCCAGAAGACGCUGCAGAAAAUGAAAGAAGAGGAAGAGUCGGAAAACCAAAGCCCUGGAACUACCGUAGAAGAAACAUUAACUGAAGAAAAUAUUUCAACUGAUAAAGAAGAAACCUCUAAACUGGAAAACAAACCGAAAAAAACAAGAAAAACAUCGGGAGAGACUAUCGCUCAAAAAAAAUCUCGUGAAACGGUUGGCGUGGAAGUUCUGAAAACAUCUGAAGGAUCGAGUAAAAUGUUGGGAUUCCACGUGAGUGCUGCUGGAGGUCUUGAACAAGCAAUCUACAACGCUCGAGCAGAAGGAUGCCGAAGUUUUGCCAUGUUUGUUCGAAAUCAGCGAACUUGGAAUCACAAACCAAUGAGUGAAGAAGUUGUCGAAAAUUGGUGGAAAGCGGUUCGCGAGACAAAUUUCCCAUUGGAUCAGAUUGUACCCCAUGGUUCAUAUCUGAUGAAUGCUGGAUCGCCUGAAGCUGAGAAAUUAGAAAAAUCAAGACUUGCUAUGCUCGACGAAUGUCAACGGGCUGAGAAAUUAGGAAUCACGAUGUACAAUUUCCAUCCAGGAUCAACUGUCGGAAAGUGUGAAAAAGAAGAAUGCAUGACAACAAUUGCAGAGACAAUCGAUUUUGUUGUUGAGAAAACUGAGAAUAUUAUUUUAGUUCUCGAGACAAUGGCUGGACAAGGGAACUCGAUUGGCGGAACUUUUGAAGAACUCAAGUUCAUCAUUGAUAAAGUGAAAGUUAAGUCAAGAGUCGGAGUUUGUAUCGACACGUGUCACAUUUUUGCUGGAGGAUAUGAUAUUAGAACUCAAAAGGCUUAUGAAGAAGUGAUGAAAAAUUUCGGUGAAGUGGUUGGCUGGAACUAUCUGAAAGCAAUACACAUCAAUGAUUCGAAGGGCGAUGUCGGUUCGAAGCUCGAUCGUCAUGAGCAUAUUGGUCAAGGCAAGAUAGGAAAAGCGGCUUUUGAGCUUUUGAUGAACGACAACCGUCUCGAUGGAAUUCCAAUGAUUUUGGAAACGCCAGAAGGAAAAUAUCCGGAGGAAAUGAUGAUCAUGUACAAUAUGGAUAAAAGAUAAUUCUUGUUUAAUUGCAUAACUUUUUACUGAUGAAUGAUCAAUUUUU